UGACACUGUUUGGGCAACUUAGUUGUUUUUGAAGUGACACGAAGACAAAUAUUUAGUUUUAAUUUAUUUUUUCGUUAAAAACUUACUAAACUUACUAAAAAUGUCUGCCAUCGAGGAAUUACAGGCUAAAUUACUCGAACUCAAGCAGGAGCUGGAACAACAGCGCUCGGAAAAUCAACAGGCACGCCAACGUAUUGAAAUAAUGUCUGCAGAGGUUGUGGACUCAAAUCCCUAUAGUCGUUUGAUGGCUCUCCAACGCAUGGGAAUUGUAAAGGAGUACGAAAGGAUACGAGACAAGGCAGUGGCAGUGGUGGGUGUAGGUGGUGUUGGUAGUGUUACUGCUGAUAUGUUGACACGUUGUGGCGUUGGCAAGCUGAUUCUCUUCGAUUAUGACAAAGUUGAAUUGGCCAAUAUGAAUCGUUUGUUCUUCACCCCGGACCAGGCUGGUCUCUCAAAAGUAAAAGCAGCUGCCAAAACUUUGACUUUCAUUAAUCCGGAUGUUUCCAUUGAGACUCACAAUUAUAACAUAACAACGGUGGAAUCUUUUGACAAGUUUCUGGAUACCAUUGCUCAUGGUGGUUUGCAGGCAGGUCAACCUGUUGAUUUGGUUUUGAGUUGUGUGGACAACUUUGAGGCCAGAAUGGCCAUAAACACAGCAUGUAAUGAACUCUCCCUAAAUUGGUUUGAAUCUGGAGUUUCAGAAAAUGCUGUCUCUGGUCAUAUACAAUUUAUACGUCCCGGCGAAACGGCUUGUUUUGCAUGUGCUCCACCCCUGGUGGUGGCAGAGAAUAUUGACGAGAAAACUCUAAAACGUGAAGGUGUGUGCGCAGCAUCUUUACCCACCACUAUGGGCAUAACGGCAGGCAUGUUGGUGCAGAAUACUUUAAAAUAUUUGCUUAACUUUGGUGAAGUUUCCGAUUAUUUGGGUUACAAUGCCAUGAAUGAUUUCUUCCCCAAGAUGACUUUAAAACCAAAUCCACAAUGCGAUGAUAGACAUUGUUUGGUUCGACAAAAAGAGUUUGCUGCGAAACCCAAACCUGUGAAAGAAGAAGUGGUGGAGGAAAUUGACCAACAACUACAUGAUGACAACGAAUGGGGCAUUGAAUUAGUUGAUGAUUCACAGCCCAUGGAAACAACAACAAAAUCUGAAAACCCAAAUGUUUCCGAGGGUUUACGUUUAGCCUAUGAAGCACCCGCCGCUCAAGAAAUAUCGAAUGAAAAUACCGUGUCCACUGCAGAUGUGAGCUUGGAUGAGUUGAUGGCUCAAAUGAAAUCAAUGUAAUGCGCCUUUGAACAGGAGAUUUUUGUUUGUCACUUUCUUACUAUUCCAUUUUUGUAAAAAAAAAAAAUCAUUAUUUAUACAUUUUUGUGCAAUUUUCCAUAAUUUUUAAAAAUUUAUAUUUUUUUUACAAUAAACGUGUCCACAAAUUUUUAAGCUUC